CUCCAGCCGGCUGCAAUCAGCAAUGUCGAGAAAAAGAAAGACGAGGGCGACUUUAGUUCUCAUGUAGGACUUCACUCGCAUCAAAUUUCAUUAAUUCUCCGCUCAACCGACCAGCCGGAGACAUGUUAUCGAGUUGUUCUUGAAUUUAUCAUUGUUUAAAAUGAAUUUCUUGCCAUUUCGACUUUUGAUUUUCAUCUACACGAUUGCCGUGUGUUUCUUUCAACUUUAUUGCCGCUUCUGCAACUGGUCGGAGCGAUUUUUGUCCCCUGAGUGCGAUGACAACCUCUUUUUCGACUUCAUUGUCGUUGGAGGGGGUUCAGCUGGUGCCGUGGUCGCGUCCAGACUGUCCGAGGACAAAGGUCACUCCGUCUUGCUGCUGGAGGCGGGAGGCAGUCCGAGCAGCCUCUUCGACACCCCCAGUGUUGCGCCGAUGCUGCAGAAAACCGACUACGACUGGCAGUUCGUCACAGAGCCGCAGAAGAAUUCGUGCUUGGCCCUAAAUAAUAAUGCCAGCGUGUGGCCUCGAGGAAAAAUCCUAGGAGGCUGCGGCAGACUCAAUUUCAUGAUGCACGUCAGGGGUGAUCCGAGAGACUUUGACUCGUGGGCCGCCACCGGAAAUCAGGGUUGGAGCUACGAACAGGUCGUGCCGUUUUUCAAGAAGUCCGAGACGCAUCCGAACCAUAAAAGCCGUUUUCGAGGUAGAAAUGGACCAAUUCACGUUGAUUAUUUAUCCUGGACGUCGCCGCUUGUGGAAUUGUUUUUAAAAGGAGGACAGGCUUUGGGAUACGCUGUAGGCGACCUAAAUGGAGACCUGACGGAAGGGUUUAGUGUUACUCAAGUAAAUGUUGCUCACGGAAAAAGACUGAGCACCGACUCGGUGUUUUUGAAAAAGAAAAUGAACAACUUGAAAGUACUGACGUUUUCACACGUCGAAAAGGUUCUAUUUCACGGCUUGAGAGCAAUCGGGGUGAAAUUUUCUCACAAAGGCAAAACAAAAUUCGCGUACUCGACCAAAGAUGUGAUUCUCAGCGCCGGUGCCGUCGGUUCUCCGCAAAUUUUGAUGCUCUCUGGAGUGGGGGCAACAGAUCAUUUGAAACAGCACAAAAUAGACGUCAUUCGCGACUUGCCAGGCGUCGGCUUGAACCUCCAAGAUCACGUUACGACAGGCGCCAAUAAUGUGCUUUUGGAGGGGAAAUCGGCCGCAAUGGGAUUGAAUCUGGCAACUAUGCUCUCUCCUUUUACUGCCUGGCAGUACUUUUGGUCCAAAUCAGGUCCAGUGUCUUCAAAUGGCUGUGAAGCUUAUGCAAUGGUGUACUCGUCGGAAAAAAUAAACAGAUCGUCGAGCCCACCGGACGUCCAGCUGCUCUUCUUUCCCACGGGACACAGUUUCGAAGGCGGAACGGUGCUUAAAGAUAUUACUGGAACUAGAACUGAGGUGUGGCAAAGCUACUUUGCGCCUUUUGAGGAAAAAUCUGUUGCCAGUAUUUUUGCGGUGUUACUUCGACCCAAGAGCCGAGGCAGUAUUCGCCUGAAAUCCAGCAAUCCUUACGAACACCCUGUGAUAAAUCCAAACUAUUUUAACCACCCUGACGAUAUCGAAACUAUUGUCCGAGGAUUACAAUUCGUUCAGAAGCUGGUGGAGAGCGAUCCGUUUAAAUCAAACGGAGCGUCUUUCAACCCGUUUCCUCUGACUCAGUGCAAACUCCACGAGUUCGCCUCUUUCGAGUACUGGGAGUGCUACGUCCGACACAUGACAGGCACCGUCUACCAUCCUUGCGGCACUUGCAAAAUGGGGCCUUCUGCAGACUCGCAAGCAGUCGUCGAUGACAAAUUAAGAGUGCACGGAAUACGAGGACUGCGCGUCAUCGACGCGUCUAUCAUGCCGACUAUUGUUGGCGCGAAUAUCAAUGCGGCGACAAUCAUGAUUGCUGAAAAGGGUGCUCAGCUGAUCAAAGACUACUGGUCCAACCGGGCAAUCAGCUCGACCUACCGAGAUUUUUUUGUUUGGAACUUGAAGAAGAAUUAAUUCCUGUGAUAUGUUUUUAAAAGUGAAUUCCGAUGUUUGUGCCUUACUCGAUAUCAAUUGAGAAACAUUCCAUUUAUCAAAAUAAACCUUUGUUCAAUAAUAAAUGGGUUAGUUCAGAAAAUGAAAUUAAAUUUUCUGAUUUAUCCACCAUUAAAAAUAAA